AUGAUUGCUUCCGCGAAAGUGACCGUUGGCGCCCGUUGCGAGCCUCUCGCGGCCCAGGCUCGCGUCAGCUGCGCUCCCCGCGUCGGUGCGGCCCGCCGCGCGGGCCGGGUGGCUCAGCGCUGCAAUGCAGAGCUCAACGAGUCUGCCGAGAUCGUGUACGACAUCUCCAAGAGCCCUGUGUGCCACAUUGAGGACUGGCAAAAGCCCGUGCGCGUCGCGGUGACGGGAGCCGCCGGGACCAUCUCGAACCACCUCCUCUUCAAGAUUGCGGCCGGCGAGGUGUUUGGCCAGUGCGCUCCCAUAGAGCUGUCGAUGCUGGGGUCGGAGCGGUCCAGGGAGGCGCUCGAGGGGGUCCAGAUGGAGCUCGAGGACUCCUGCUUCCCUCUCCUGAGGAAGAUCACCAUCUCGAUCAUCCCGGAGGUGGCGUUCGAGGGCGCGGACUACGUGCUGAUGAUUGGCGCCAAGCCGCGGGGGCCCGGGAUGGAGCGCGCGGACCUGCUGGACCAGAACGGGCAGAUCUUCGUGCAGCAGGGCCAGGCGCUGGAGACGAGCGCGAAGAAGUCGACCAAGGUCCUCGUCGUGGGCAACCCGUGCAACACCAACGCCAUGAUUGCGUCGGCGUGGGCGCCGUCGAUCCCGCCGGAGAACUUCCACGCCCUGACGCGGCUCGACGAGAACCGCGCCAAGUCGCAGAUGGCGUUCCGCGCCAAGACGCACAUGGAGACGAUCAGCAACGUCGUGGUGUGGGGCAACCACUCGGCCACGCAGGUGCCCGACUUCGUGAACGCGAAGAUCGAGGGCAAGCCCGCGAUCGAGGUCAUCCCGGACCGCGAGUGGUUCGAGGGCGAGUUCACCGAGACGGUCGCCAAGCGCGGCGCCGCGCUGAUCCAAAAGUGGGGCCGCUCGUCGGCGGCGUCGACCGCCGUCAGCAUCUCGGACGCCGUCAAGGCCAUCAAGUACCAGACCGCGGGGAACGACUGGUACUCGAGCGCCGUGUGCGCCGCGGGCAACCCCUACGACGGCCUCAUCCCGGACGACCUGUGGUUCUCGAUGCCCUGCCGCGGCGACGGGCAUGGGGACUACACCCUCGUGCCGCCGUCGGAGCUCAACCUGGACGACGAGUGGCUGCGCAUGAAGAUCAAGGCCGGCGUCGAGGAGCUCCAGGGCGAGCGGGAACUCGUCAAGCACCUCCUCCCGGGCGGAGACAAGAAGGUGGUUGCGAUGGGGGCCAACGCCGCGAGCGCGUGA